CUCUCGCGAUGCUGCAUCGUUGUAAUAGAAGGACGUAAAAUCAUGGCCCGCAAAGGCGGGAAUGCCACCCAACGACAAACCAACCAUCCAAUUCAUCCUGGCAACAACCCCUCGAAUAAUGGUGGCGUUCCACCGCCCUCUACAAUCCCCGCGCAGAUAAUCCAGAGCGCAGCGAACAAGGACUCGCGACGGGCCCACAACAACGGCAAUGGAGCUAAUAUCCAUUCCCACCAUGCCAAUUCUGCGGACAAGGCCUCCUUCGUCGACCAGGUCAAGGAGUUUCUCCGCAAACCGGAGCUCGAAGAUGCAGACGACGUGUGCAUCGCCUUUGCUUUUACCAUCACCAACGGCGGCCUGGAUCCGCUCUUUGCUGCUGCUGCUACCGUAUCUCUAUCUACUACGGAUGAUCCCUUCUCUGCGUCGUCUUCAUCCUCCGCACACUUGAAUGAACAAGGUCACGUGUGUCUUGCGGCAUUGAGCAGCAUUUUCCUCCAGCGAUCGCGAUUGCUGCUGGCACCUAUUCAAACGGACGGUGGUACAACCGACGCGGCACCCAGACCACCACUUGUCGUAUGGUUGCUGCCCAAGCUGCUGGGCCUGCUGGGUUUGAAGAGUUUGGCUCCGAUUCAUGAAGAUGUGAGAUCUCUGCUGGGGACUUGCGUGAUAGCACUGUGGAGGUCUGCGGAUGCUUUGCAUCAUGUUCGUGGGUUGCUGCAGAUGUAUCGGUCAUGUGUCGAGAGUAUUUUAUCGACCGCUACGCUCAACCUCUCUUCGUAUGAGCCGUCGUUCAAGGUCGAUCUUCCGUGCUCGAGCAGCAUCAUGCAGCUCUGGCCUGACUGUCAGAAUCUUGUCGCUUUGCCCGAGGGCUUGCAGAGAACCAUCACGUCGCCAUUCCAGGCAAUCUACAUUGGCUUCCAGCUCCUUCAAGUGCUCUUUCCAAUUGGCACCGAUGUCCUUAUUUCGCAUGAACGACUCCAACCGUGGGGACUGGAUAGCACUGUUUCCCUUUGGCGCUGCUUCCAGGAUUGGAUUGCCAUCUCUGCAACUGUCUCUUUGCGACUGGAACUCGAAGCGACGUAUCUGCAGCUCCUAGAAACAAUUGCUUUGCCUCGGAUUGAUGCUGAGGACUCCUUCUCUUGCUCUGCAAAAUCUGCUAUGGUUUUGAUGCCGGCGCUUGUCAGUCUACUCCAGUAUUGUUGCGAGCCACAUUGUCAAGAGGCGACUCAGAUCCGAUUUGCGGCUUUGUUCAACCACUUACGCGGUGUCUCCAACACAAUAGCUGAUGACAGACCCCCUGGCGAUAAGCUGUUCCGGCUCGGGCAUCUUAUAAGAGACGGUCUCGAGCCUAGUAUCGCUGAUUUCUGUCGGGACACGAGCAUGUUCGUUUCCUUACAUAGGGAUUUGAAACUCUCUCUUUGCUUGUGGACGCCAGCAGGGGACUGGCCGGCAGAAGUGGAAGAGUUGCGAUCGCAUCUGUGUUCGGAUAACGAGCAUGUGUUCUUGUCAGAAGAGCUCAACGAAGACUACCUCUCUCUCAAUGCAGUCAAAGUGUUCCGCGAUAAGAACGAGAAGCAAUCAGAGCCGCCAGCAAAACGCCGCAAGACAUUGGCCGAAGCCGGAGAAGGCAAACAAGCAGAUGCGUAUCAGGAGCUGGUCGUGUUGCUCAAUACCAGCAAGUCAGAAUCACCGGUGCUCAACCUUUCUGGUCUCGAUCAGACUAUCAGGAGAAAAUAUUCGCAAAUGUCCAGCGACAAAGAGGAGUCGGAUCAAGAACAGCGAGAAAUUUUGCUGGCCUUCUCCAAGAUUGCAUGCGCGGCAACCCAGUCUCUGCGGUCUUCCGGCGUACGUUCGGGGACGUGGAGAGACUGGAACUGCAGUGUAUGCGAUGAGGAUGGUGCUCAGCAGGAUGGUACACUGAAAUAUUGGGAUGCCCACUCUGGGAACGAAGCUUGGGUCGAUGCCGUGGCUGGGAUGUUAGCGGUGAUAGAGCAAGAGCGUUUCGAACAGUCUGCGAAAUCACGCAUCCUGAUGGCAGUGGCUAUUGGCCGUGUCUUCAAUCACUUAUCCUGCGCCGAGUAUCUCAGUCUCAAUAGCUCGCUGGGAGAGUGGCUUCUCAAAACACUGACAAGAUCUCUAAGGGAGGCUAGAAUUGCGGCUUCACGAUCGCUCAUGUCUUUCCUUCGGAAUAGUGUACCUAAGCCUGUCCGUGACAGGAACCGUAAGAACACAUUGGCAUUCUUUGGCGAGUUGUCUGAGCGCAACUCACCUGGUAUUCAAGAAACUCUGGUCAUGGCGUAUGGUCAAGCAGCUCGGGUUUGUGGUCAGGUGGAACGACAGAUUAUCCUCGGCCAACUUGUUAACUACCUGGGUCAUCCCAACACUGUGAUAUGUGGAGUCGCGUACAACGAGCUGUCUUCUCUUGCCUACGAUCUCGGCAUCUCGUGCAAAGAUAUGUUCCAGCCCUAUUGGCGUACCAUAGGAUUCUCCGUCGUCGACGAGCUUCUCAAGAAACCGCAGAAAGCCCAGUAUAUAUGCGACUUGAUUGGAACCAGCAUUGAGCAGUUUCUUGGCGAUGUUCAUGGAGAUAUCCUGGCUGUGUUGGUUCUCAACAAACGCAAGGACAUAUUGGACAGGAUCGCUAAAGCCAGGAGGACUACCGUCGGAGACAUUUGUAUGCAACCGCGGGUGCAUCUUGCACGUAUUUUGGCCCUGUUACUUUGUCAAAAAGGCGGGAAUGUCGAACGGCAGGCAAUGGCCUGUUUGACCGCGGUGGAGUCACGCUUUGGUGAAAAGGAGCUGCAUGAUCUUGUUCAUCAGGAGCCUGCGCUGGUCGCUUGCGAGGUGCUGAAGCUGGCCGCGGAAUGUGGGAACGAUGAUAAGAAGCUUUAUUACGACGGGUUCUCCAGGGUAGCGACACUGAACGAUAUUGGUGAAACUUCUCGCGACAUGAAGAAGAGCAAGUCGACAGGGGAUGCAUUGGCGCAGUGCGAACCGAAUUUCAUCAGCACUCACAUUCUCGGCGUCAUGACUGAGUUUUCAAAUGUCAUCGAGAAUUCGACUGGGAACCAGCCGCUGUCGGAACAACGACGCUGUGUCGGAGCUAUCAAAGAAUUGAUUCAUCUGGCUGCCGAAGAUAGCUGUUUUGCACUCCCUCAGAUCCGAGCCUGUCUCCAGUCAGCCAUGGACACGCCCGACCUUUGCGAUCAAGCGUUUGAUGUGUGGACCACGCUGCUUGUAACAUUAGAGACAGAGCACAUGAAGACCAUCAUCGACCAAACUUUCGCUUUGAUCAUUCACAACUGGCCGUCUUUUUCGGAGGAGAGUCAAAUGAAAGCCGCCAAAGCUCUUGAAACUCUCCGCUCACAGCACAAUGUCACCUUACAAGAGCGUAUAGCCUACAUCCCGUCCUUGGCAUCCAUUCCAGUGUUUUCUAAGUUGGAAGGCGAGAUGACUAGAAUUCGGGCAACGGUUGAACCUGUAGUCUUGUUCGGAAUCUUCGGCGCGCGCUGCAACGAUGAAAAUACCAUUGUGGUUCGACAAGCACUAAAAGAACUCAUACCAUUCCUCGAGGAACAUCAGGACAAGCUACACUUAUCUGCGAUUGGCCAGAAACCCCUUCCCGCUCUGGCCACACUGAGUCGCUCACUUUUGGAUGCAUGCGUCCGAUUUGCUGGCAAGGACAUGGACAUUCCGCGUCUCUGUGCACAGUGUCUGGGUAUAAUAGGUGGGCUUGACCCCUAUCGAAUUGAGACCAUAAGAGAAAAGAAGCGUAUUCUAGUGCUCAGCAACUUUCAGUCCGCAGACGAAGGUAUCAACUUUGCGGCGUUCAUGCUGGAAAACGUUAUAGUCAAUGUCUUUCUCACAACCACGAAUCCGCAGUCGCAGGGUUUUCUUGCGUAUCUCAUGCAGGAGCUGUGCAAAGCGUGCGGUUUCAAAAGAGAAAUGACAACCCAGACGCAGAGGGCGCGCUAUUCGCAGCCUUCCACAGCCAUGCAACGCUGGGAGAAGAUGCCAGAACCAGUUCGCAACGUAGUCACCCCGUUCUUGUCAUCACGAUACUCGUUUCGUCACAAGACCGAUGAUGCGCAAGUCCAGUACCCUAUCUUCACGCGCGAGAUUAGUCAUGGCACAUGGCUCCGGCAAUUCACUUAUGAUCUCCUGCUAAAGGCCAAGGAACCGAAUGCGCAAAUCAUCUUUAACUGCGUGGCUAGUGUCUUGCGGCGUCAGGAUCUUUCGAUUGCAUCUUUCAUAUUGCCCUUCGCAGCUUUGAGUGCGGUGCUCGAUGGGAAAGAGGAAGCGGACAUCAUUGUCAAAGAACUGUUGAACGUUUUGAAUACUGAUCUGCAGACGGCGGACCAGGUCGAAGCUGCAAACAUCAAGCAGUGCAGCGAGAAUGUUUUCGAAAUCAUUGACUACUUCGCCCUCUGGUUACACGAAAAGCAAAAGAAGAGGACCGAAACAAGAGUGACAGCCCACAAAACCGGGAGGGGCAUGACCGAGAAAGACGAGACGGAUUUUGUCGUCCAAGUCAGCAAGCUGGAAGGGGUUCUGCAUCAGAUUCCAGCAAAGAUCAUUUCGAAACGUGCAAUGGAGUGCGGAUCUUACACGCGAGCACUCUUUCACUGGGAAAAGUACUACCGUGAAGAGCAGACAAAGAGUGAAGCUGUCGGCGAACACUUUGCGAAAAAUGAUAUGCUGCAACAUCUACAAUAUAUCUACGCUCAGAUCGACGAGCCUGAUGGCGUUGAGGGUCUUUCUGCUCAUUUGCAGAUCCUGAAUUCCGAACAGCAGAUUAUGGAGGAUCGGAAAGCUGGACGAUGGACUGCUGCUCAAAGCUGGUAUGAGCUUGCUCUGGCAGAGAAGCCUAAAGACCCCGAAACGCAAGUCAAUCUCCUGACCUGUUUGAAGGAAUCGGGUCAAUAUGAUGCUAUUCUGAAUUAUGUAGAUGGAUUUCAUGCUUCAGAUUCCAUCUCACCCAAUACCUUACCAUUCGCUGCAGAGGCAGCUUGGUCUUCAGGUAGAUGGGACCAGCUGGAGAAAAUACUAAAUUUCCCUUCUCACCGCUCAGCCAAUGCAUCCUCGGAUUUCAACGUUGGCAUUGGCAAGGCCUUACUUUCACUCAAACAUCGUAACGAAGACCAAUUCAAGCAAAACAUCGAUGACUUGCGCGGGGCAUUGACCAAAAGUCUGACGCCUACGGCUACUGACUCGCUGCAUGCUUCACACGACCAGCUUGUCAAGCUUCAUACCCUUUAUGAAUUGGAUGCUAUUAGCGGCAUGUCAUCAUACGCAAAACCAGUGCGCGAAGCUAUACUGGACAAUCUUGACAGGAGGCUAGACAUUAUUGGGGCUUAUACCUCCGACAAACAGUACCUCCUCGGGGUGCGCCGUGCUGCCAUGACGCUAUCUGAUAUCGGAUUCACCAAACUUGACAUCGCAUCGGCAUGGCUAACGACGGCGAGCUUGCUUCGAAAAGGUGAUUUUACACCUGCAGCUUUCAACGCGAUUCUGCACGCGUCGCAACUUGGUGACGAUGCAUCCAAGAUUGAGUACUCUAAAAUGCUGUGGAAAGAAGGACAUCAUCGCAAAGCAAUUCAACAUAUCCGGGGCGCAAUCAUCAGCAACUCAUUCCAGACAAGGGACCUCAAAGCUAUGGAUCCUACCGUUUCGGUCACAACUGCCGUAGCUGAUGGGGCUCAAACACCGAACCGCGUGAAGGCGCACGCCCAACUGCUCCUCGCAAAGUGGCUCGAUCAAGCAGGCCAAACAAAUCACAAUGUUCUCAAAGAAGAAUACGGCAAAGGCAUAAUGAUGUUUCCGAAGUGGGACAAGGGUCACUACUACCUUGGGAGGUACUAUCUGAAGAUCUAUGAAACUGAAAAGGCUAUGCCGCCCCCCAAACAGACGCAAGUCUUUGUUGCCGGAGAGCUGACAAAGUUGGUGGUGGAGAACUUUGCUCGCUCCACGGUUUAUGGUGCAAAAUACUACCAUCAAACGAUACCUAAAAUGAUCACGCUGUGGCUCGACAUGGGUACUGAAGUCAUCAACACGCAGCCCAAGUUACCGCGAGACAAAGAGCUGUUCCAGCACAAGGUCAAUCAUCUUGACGUUAUCAACAAGUAUAUCAAGAGGUAUGCAAACGAGCGGAUGCCAGCAUAUCCUUGGUACACCGCUCUUCCACAGAUCAUAUCACGCAUCAGUCAUCCCGAUAAGAAUGUAUACGAUGUUUUACAAAACAUCAUUUUGAAAGUCAUGGCUCAAUACCCUCAACAAGGCCUCUGGAGCCUCUUCGCCCUGCUUCAUUCUACCCAAGAUGGCCGUCGCCAGCGUGGUACAAUCAUACUGCAAAAGCUGCGAGACAGUGGAAAGAGAAAGGGCAGCCAUAUCGACCUGAGAUCACUGAUAUUACACGGGCAGAAGCUCACCGAUGCCCUGCUGUUUGCUUGUGAUACACAGGUAGAGCCGCGUGCUUCGCAUGUCAGCUUGUCGCGGGACCUUGGAUUUAGGAUGUCUCUUGCGCCGUGUGCACUCGUAGUGCCUAUUGAGGCUGCCAUGACACCGACGUUGCCAUCAGGAAAUGACAGCAGGACAAUCCGAGCACACAACCCCUUCCCGCAAGAAACCAUCACUAUAUCAGAAUUCCAGGACGAUGUCUUUGUGCUGUCCUCCCUGCAACGGCCUCGUAAACUAGUCGUUAGAGGCUCCGAUGGCCGCUCCUACGGGCUCAUGUGCAAACCCAAAGACGACCUCCGUAAGGACCAACGCCUCAUGGAGUUCAACGCGAUGAUCAAUCGUGCUUUCCAGCGCGAUACCGAGUCCACCAAGCGCCGCCUCUAUAUCAAGACUUAUGCUGUGACGCCACUCAAUGAGGAGUGCGGUGCCAUUGAAUGGGUUGAAGGCCUCAAACCCAUGCGCGAUAUUAUCAUCCGUCUCUACCGUCAGAAAAACAUCAACAUUGACUACAACGAGAUCCGCGUCCUCCUCAACGAAGCCUCUUCCUCUCCGUCCAAAACCCCAAUCUUCACCCAUAAAAUCCUUCGCAAGUUUCCUUCCGUCAUGUCUGAAUGGUUCCUCGAAACAUUCCCUGAACCCGAGGCCUGGUUCGCCGCGCGCCUGCGAUACAUGCGUUCGUGCGCCGUCAUGAGCAUUGUCGGCCACGUCUUGGGGCUGGGCGAUCGCCACGGCGAAAACGUGCUCCUGGAAGAAGGCAACGGCGGCACGUUCCACGUCGACUUCAACUGCCUGUUCGACAAGGGCCUCACGUUUGAAAAACCCGAACUCGUCCCCUUUCGCCUCACGCACAACAUGGUCGAUGCCAUGGGUCCGUCUGGCGUCGAGGGCCCGUUCCGCGCUACUUCUGAAAUCACGUAUUCGAUCCUCCGCCAGCAUCUCGAUACCCUCAUCACCAUUCUAGAGACGUUCGUGCAUGAUCCUACCACCGACUUUGUCGGCCAGCGUAAGAAGAAGAGGAUCCCUGGUGUACCUGAGACCCCGCGCGAGGUGUUGGAAAUGGUGAGGGGUAAGGUUGAGGGUGAGGUUAGAGGCGAGAGCCUGAAGUUGAGCGUCGAAGGAUAUGUAGAGUGGUUGAUUGCGCAGGCCAGGGAUCCAUGGAGGUUGGCCGGCAUGUAUAUCGGGUGGUGUGCUUUCUUUUGAUGAAGUGAAGUGAAAUGGAUAUAUAUCCAUUCUGUAAGAAUACAUGCAUACAUAGCCCGACUCUAUGUCGGCGGAUAUUUUCAGAAGAAAUGUAUGUGCCAAAAUACGGUCUUCUCUACUUUGGCGAAGAUCGAAUAAAAUGAAGUUCGUAAAUUGACUUGCGCAUUUGACGUUAGUGACGUAUACAACGUCCUAACAAUCCAGUAGAGAUGUACGGAUUUGUAGUGUUGAGGUUGGGAACCAUGGUACGCUCGUCGCCCUCUGCUAUAAGAGAGCAGAGUUCUCACAAGGCUUCCUACUUACUUCUAUCAACCCCUCACACCAACGCCGCGCCAAUGACACAGAGCCGUGCAAAAAUCAACGCUGAUUACCUUAUCGCUGAGGUUACAAAUGUCAACAAUGAGUUGAAGGACGAGCUAAGAAAUAUCAUCUACAACGCCUUUAUUGAGUAUGAAAAUAAAGCAGGAUCUAAGCUUAGCCCUGCAACGCCUUUG